AUGGGAGAUAAAGAAGAUGUUGAUACUCGAUUAGAGUUUAUGAGUGAAUAUAUACUUAAAAGUUUAAAACUGAAAAUAGAAAAAUGGACCAAAUUCAUCACAGGCGACGAGAGGCACUUGUUAUACAAAUUCUACGAUAUGCCAAAAUUCGAAGUAAUAGUGUUUCGUUUGAACACUUCCGGAUUAUUGACGUGCUCCACAAGCUUCCCGCCAAUUAGUAGAGGGAAAAUGGUUUAUUUUCUUAGAAAUUCAGAUCAGAAAAUAACUCAGGGCAACUUUCGUACGACUCUUACAAUCGGCGAGAUGUCUGGUAAUGUUCUAAUGGAUCUGAGUGUCAUGGCGGAUGAGGUAAUCGGUCCCUUGCUUUGCAAUCCUGAGAACCAGACGGGCUGGCCGAAAAUUGUCAAAAAUGACAUGAAGAGACACGUUAAUGAACUCAGGAAUUUGAUGCAUCAACUUAAAGGCGAUAUGUCGAGCCAAAUAAUGCUUCCGAUGCCAGAAGGUGUGGAAAAUAUUUAUCACGCUGAAGCAAAAUUAAAAGAAAGUGAUUCGGAAGACGUUGAUUUACAUCUGAAAACGAAUAUAGAAGGUGCUAUUAUAAAAUGGGCGCAACAAAUUCAUGACCUUUUACAAGAGGAUUCCUACAUAGCAUUCAAAAGAACAAAGUUCCCUCUCCCAAAUGCUGAUAUUGAGUUUUACGCGCAUCGUCUGCGAAAUCUGGAAGGAAUAUACUCUCAGUUACGAGACCCAAGGGUUAAAAGAAUGGCGCAUUACUUGGAAUCAACUAAAAGCGUGUAUUUGCAAUGUUUUAAGACAAUGCUGACUAAUGUUGUUGCUGCAAUUAUCGAGUGCCGUGAUAUUUACGUCUACCAAAAGCCACUGUUGAUACAUUUUGAGACAUUUGAGGGGACUGAUUUCUCUGAUGCGAAGCACCUUAUAAGGCCAAUGUUUCACUGCAUAGGCUUGCUCUGGGGAAACUCACGAUACUUUUGCAGCGUCGAAAAACUGAUACCACUGCUUCGUGAAGUUUGCAACCUGGUGAUCAUGCAGUGCACCAACUCUAUAGACCCGCCUUCCAUCUUCCAAGGAGAAGCGGACGAACAGUUGUUGAAACUGAGAAAGGCCAUCGGUAUCCUAAACCACUUCAUUGAAACGUAUGAAAUGAACCGCGACAAGGUCCACACUUUCUUCCCGGCGGGAGCUCUGCCUGUUAGCUGGUCAUUUGACUUCGACCGAGUGUUCAGUAGAUUCAACACGUACAUGAAGAGGCUGCACAUGAUCGAGAACAUUCUAGAAGCCACUGUUGAGAUCUUUAAACUGGAGAAGGUGGAGUUCUCUGGACUACGAGGCAAAAUAUUGAGCACCGAGUGUAUGAAGGUUCUAGACGAAUAUACCCAUAUCUACCUAAACCUCGGCAACAUAACCUACGACCCCGCGGAUCCCGAAGACACGAAAUUCCACGCAGAUUAUGACAAACAUAUGAAAGUAAUAGAACACAUGGAUAGGAGACUCGCCUCCUUAUUCGCUCAAGGGCUCGACGAAUGUCACGAUUUGGAACAUUUCUUUAAGUUCUUCCAAAUCCUGGGAGACUUGUACCGCCGACCCAUCAUACAGAAUGAGUUGAAACCGAAAGUGAUGAAAAUUCUCGACUUCAUGCACUCAAACCUUGACGCUGUUAAGGAAAUAUUUGACGAAGAAAUGGCGAAACUUAAUCCAAAAGCCGCUGACAGGCCGAUGGUGGAUCCGUACUUGCCGCCGGUCGCGGGAGUCAUCUGGUGGAUUCACAAGCUGAGGAGACGGAUCCAAAGUCCUAUGGAAGAUUUUAUUUUAUUUGAGGAUCCGAUAAUAGAAUGUGAGAACGCGAUCUACUUGAAGCAGAAGCAUCACGAGAUGCUCGGAUAUCUGAAUCAGGUAGAGGACAGGCAGUUCAAGCAAUGGUGUACCACUGUACCUAAUAUAUGCAAGAUGCAUCUCGCCAAAAACCUCAUAUACAGAGACCCGCCGUUUGUAAGAAAUAACUUUAGCCCUGAGCUGGUGAUGUUAUUACGAGAGAUACGUUACAUGAAGUAUUUGGACAAACAAGGAAUACCUCCAGAUGGGUUGGAAUUGUAUGCGAGGAAUGAAAAACUACAAUACGACAUGAAUCGUUUGAACCGUGCCAUUGCCUGGUAUAACGCAAUACGUGAAGGAAGUCAUGAGACUGAAGUGGCUUUGAUUGAGAAGGAAAUAUCAGCCAUCGACAACCUUCUAGGGAGAGGAGUGGAAGAACUUACUUGGAAUGAUGACUUCACGGAAUGGAUGGCAGAAGUAUACGCAGCCAUCAACACGUUACAAGAACGAGUGUUGACGGCUCAGAACAACGUGAAGCGAGGUCUCAGCAAUAUAGCAGCGUGGGGAGACGUGCCUCUACAUAACAGAAAAGAUAAUCCAGAGAAACUUGAAUUACUCGCUGUGAAAGAACGACAUCCACGAAUGAUUGCAAGGAGAAAGAGGAUUCUGGAAAGUCAUGCGGAAUUUGAACAAACACUAAAAGAAAAUUAUAAGUUAUUCUUCAAUAUAAAAAGUGAUGAGGAGUCGGAUAUAGAAGAAGAAGUGGAAGAGGAAGAAAUCGAUGAACUCACAAUGGAUGAGGAUGAGCGUCUGGCGCGACAACAGAGAUUACAGCAGAAGAUGGAGGAACGAGAAGCAAAGAUGAUAGCGAAAAUGGAGAGGGAACAAGAAAAGGCAGAAAAAGAACAAUUAAAGUUUGAGAGGAGAGAGGCGAGGAGAUUAAAGAAGGAAGCGAAAGAGGCUGAGAGACUGGAGCGACAGGAGAGGAGAGAAGCGGGUGAAGAAGUGGAGUCUCCCGUCGAGGAUGAAGAGGAGGUGGACCCUGAGGAGCUGGCGGACAUCGAGGAGGAGCGGCGAGAACUUGAAGAGGCCGCCUUCCGCGCUGAACGGUGGCCCGCUUAUGUCAGAUACGUGGACGAACUGGUGUCAGCUCAAGUGAUGAAAGCCAUCAAGUGCAGUUUGGAUCUGUUCGAGAAACAAACGGACCUGGAAAAGGGACCGAGGGUCGCGUUCAUGGAAAUAAUGGCGGAACUAAAGGACCCAGACAUUUACUUCUCACCGUCUUUGGACCUCGACGAGGCUGAUGGUCUGUAUGACACCAUGAAGGAAAUGAUGAAGGACAUGUUUCUGCAAGCGACUAUGUUCCCUCGAAUCGAUCCUAUUGUACCCAUAGCAACAUACGAAGACGAUAUUAAAAAAGAAGAUGCUAUGAUCGAUCUUUACCACGAUAUUCUUAAAAGAAUAGAAAAUAGUAUUAAUGAUGUAGUACAAUACGCUUCGAGGUAUGAGAAAUACGCUCCACUUUGGUUGGAAGAUCGUCAGGAGGUUUUAGCUGGGUUCCUUAAAUACGGUCGUGUCAUUCCUCCCGAAGAAUUUGAUAAAUAUCGCUUCGAAAACGGCUGCGACCCUCCCGAGGUUAAGCCUAAUCUGGAACAAUAUCAGCACGAGAUCGACAAAUUCAACGCGUUAUAUAACGAGGUGGAGUCGCUGCCUCCCGACUACCUCUGUAACGGCUGGCUCAAGUUGAAUCUGAAGAGACUCAACCAAGCCAUCAUGAACAUUAUCUGCAAGUGGAGCAAUCUGUACAAGCAGAACUUGAAGGAUCAUGUGCAAAAGAGCUUGGAUGAUUUGGAGGAGUUCAUUGCAUACGCUUCCAAAGAACUAGCAGUGGAAUUAGAAGAGGAUGAUUAUGAAGGACUCUUGAAAGUUAUGGGCGUCCUUAAUGAAGUUAAGGCGAAGAUGGACGCCGGCACUGACCAGAUGUUCGAACCUCUCAGAGACAUCAUGUAUGUCCUCAAGGAAUACGGGGUCGACUUCCCAGAAGAAACUUACGAGCAGCUGGACGUGCUGCCUGAGCGUUGGCGCAACUUGGUGAAACAAGCUACUGUCAUCAAGAACGAAGUGGCGCCCAUGCAAGCUGCUCAAGCUGCGCUGAUCGCUAAACGAGUGGCUCUGCUGAACUUGCGUCUCACUAUGUACAGAGACCAAUUCCAGCUCAAGGAGGUAUUCUUUGAAAAUUGCCACGAGCCCUACCGGCAAAUUGAUAAGAUUCACUUGGAGCUUAUACACUUUGAGGACAUCGUUAAGACGUUGAAAAAGUCUUGCGGCCUGUUCGACAUACAGCCACCGGAUGAAAAGAAUUUGAAGCAGUGUCGAAGAGAAUUGAAACUAGUGAAGCAAUUAUGGGAUUACUACAAUUUAGUAAUGGGCACGAUUGAAUUCUGGAAGAAGUCGCCGUGGAAGAAGAUCGAUGCUGACGGCAUGGAUCAGGAAUGUAAGCGAUUCACCAAAGACCUGAGACAACUCGACAAAGAAAUGAGAGUUUGGGAACCUUAUAUAUCGAUAGAAGCAACGAUAAAGAACCUCAUGACGUCACUGCGCGCGGUCACUGACCUCCAGAACCCGGCAAUUAAAGAUAGACAUUGGGUCGAACUAAUGAUGGCCACAAAGAAAGCUGCACAUACACACAUCAUGUCCAUCGAUACUAGGCGCGAUCACUCAGAACCAUUUGCAUUCAAACAUAAUUUGAGAUGUCGGGUCACGUUUUCUGAUAUCUUAGCCGACUUUAAGUCGUUAGAAGAGUUAGCGAGCUCUUUGGAGGAUAUAUCUGCUGCUGCAAGAAUGGAAGAACUGACCAAGAAUGAUUAUAGUAACCUUCAGCUUCAAAAUUUUAGAAGACCAAAGCCGCAAGAAAAUGAGAACUGUAAUAAUAACUUUAUAAAACUGAAUAGAACGUAUACUAGGCAUCACUUCAAAGGAAAUGGUCCUCAAUGA